AUGUAAAAUACAAAAUCUUACGAUGAAAUUUCAUAAUCCCUAUUUUCUAAGGAAUUUGAUGAAACAUCCAAUGAAAAUCAGCCAAUUCUCAUGUAUAUAGAUGGGCCUCUACCAUCUUAAACCGAUAGUUUGGAUUCAAUUCUAGAUAGUCUUCCAAAAACUAAAAAAAGAGUCACAAAGAGAAAAAAAUGUGAUUUUCAUACAAAGAAAAGAAAAAAAAUGAACAGAAAAAAUCUCAUCUUCGAAAAACACACUCCAUUUACUUUCGAAGAAGAUGAAAAAAUCUUAAAUCUCGUAAUUGAACAUGGCCCAAGGUUUUAAAUAAUUUCUUAGUUUUUCUUGGAUAGAAGUUAAAAUGCUGUAAAAAAUAGGUAUUAUAAGUUUUUACGAUAUAAUUGGGGCUUAAUCCUUGGAAGGUAUUCAUCUUAUAUAUAUUGUAGUAAUUAUCAACAUCUUAAUUACGUUGUAGAGGAUAGCAUUCUGUGUCAAAGUCAAAGUGACGAAAUAAAAAAUUUUUUGGAAGACAUGAAUUUCUACCCAGAAGUAACAGACAUCAUGCUUAACUUAAUUACUCGAGUAGACAACCAUUUUAGAUGA